AUGGCAUCGAAUUAUCCACUCGGGUACGAUGACGAAAGAUUCGAGUCAAUAGUGAACCAAAAUUUCCACUGUUUGAUUUGCUACAACGUAUUGAAAGACCCCGUGAUGUGCCGCACAAACGAGCAUUAUUUUUGCCGUGGCUGCAUCACGGAACAUCUUCGUAGGAAUUCCCAUACAUGUCCAACAUGCGCUGACGAACUGAAUGUCGAAACAUUGCAAGGCGUUCCAAGAAUUGUGAAGAAUUACUUAAACGAACUAAGUAUUCGUUGCGAUCAUUACGACAGAGGAUGUCGAAAACUCGUACGGCUGCAGAAUUUAAAGCGACAUGUCGCCGAAUGCGGGUUUACUCCAGUCGUUUGUGGAAAUCAAGGUUGUGGUGAGACAAUCAGUAAAAGAGAUCGUACAUAUCACGAGAGUGAACUGUGUCAAUUUAGAAAGUUGAGGUGUCACAACUGUGGAGAAAUCGGCACUACGAUGGCGGGAAUGAAAAUGGAAAUGGCGAACAUCAACACGAAUCAGGUGAACACGAGAAAGAAAUUGGCAAACACGAACACGAACAUGGCAAAUAUUAGAACGGAAAUUGCAAAUGUGAACACGAAAAUGGAAAAUAUCAACACCGAAAUGGUAGGCAUCAACACGAAAAUGGCAAACACGGACACGAAACUCGAAAACAUGAACACGAAAAUGGCAAACUUGCACGCAAACGUGGAAGCGAAGUUCCAAGCGAUGAAUAAUGAAGUGAGAAGAAUAAAAAUGAGUUUAAAUGAAGUAAAAGAUGGUUUUGAUCACUUGAAAGAAGCAGUACUUGGGAAGAUAGAAAGCAAAGAAAGAAAGCAGGAGGAAAUCACAAGAGAUGUAAGUGGCACAGCGAGUGGCGGGAGAGAAAAUCAACAUAUAUUUGUUGCUGGUGGUUUUGGGAGAAACUCGGUAGAAAUAUUUAACUACCGUCAGAGAUUGUGGUCUUUAUUAAAGCCCAUGCCAGAGAGUCGUAACAGCGCAUCUUCAUUUCUCUACAAUAAUCACGUGACUGUGGCGGGAGGUUAUUGUGAUGCGGCUGUAGAUAACAUGAUCCGAAUGAACAUUCACCCAGUCCAUGAUCUCUCACAUAACUGGAGUGAUUUUGCUGCCAAACUUCCUGCCAAGAUGUCUGCACACAGCAGUGUCGUGUACAAGGAUAGCUUGUUGGUUACUGGCGGUAUUAAUGAAGAUCAAGAUGUCUACUUUGACUGUAUUCAUGAAGUUCAACUUAAACCACCUUACACUGUUAAACUGGUAUCCAAGAUGCCUGAACCAAGAGUUCAUCACAGCAUGUACUAUGUGAUGAUAGUAUUUUGA